UUUCAAAGAUUUUUAAGAAACUUAAAAAUUGGUUUCUUAAGACCAACCAUUAUAAAUAAUGUACUUCAUUCGUUUAUAAAAAACAAAAAUUGACUAAAUUCCAAAAUCUAAGAAGGCAGCGAUUUGUAACUCUUUUAUUUCCACCUGAAAACUCAAUAUAACUACUGAAGACAGCUUUGCAAAAAGACCCAAUAUUCUCAUACCCAUGUGCUUUUACGGACCCGUUUCGAUCAUAAAAAAGGUCCUGCCCGCAGGAUCACAGAAAAGCUGUCUGCUGAUCUUGGGAUUAGAUAAUGCUGGAAAAUCCACCUUGACAGCGCACCUAGCGGGAUUUUUUAAUGGCGUUCCUAAAGAAUCGAACAAGCAGGCCAGUGAAUGGAGCUUAACAAUCGGUAACUACAAAGUGAAGUUGUGGGAUAUUAACGGGGAACUGAAGAACAGACAAAUCUGGCCGAAUUACUACAAGAAAGCAAAAGUCUUGGUUUUUGUAUUGGACAGCAAGGAUGCAGUGCGUCUAAGCGAGGCUCGAUGUGUAUUAUGCGAUGUUCUGAUGCAUCAAGAACUUAAUAGGGCUCCUCUGCUCAUAGUGUCCAACAAAACGGACUCUUCGGGAUCUCUGCCAUUAUCCACAGUGAUCGAUUUGAUGGGCCUGGAUCGCUUAGAUGGUCGGGUUUGGGCCAUCAAAGAAUGUUCAACGCAGACAGGCUUAGGUGUUCAGGGCGUUGUUAACUGGAUAACCAAUGAGAUCCGUAGGAAGAAGCAGUGAUUUAUCUUGUUUUACAUAUUUUGAUACUCUCAGAAAGUUGCCCUAUACAUUAAUUAAUAUAGACCACAAAAUAAGCAAUCUUUAAGUGUGUAUAUUUUUUGUAAAUAAUGAUUCAUUUGCCAUAGCUAGCAGUUUAUACUAAUUAAUAAAUUAAUACCGCCAUCUGCUAAUCAGUGCUUUAAC